UUGACAUUAGCUUAAAAAUAAUUUAAGCAUGAAGAAUCGAGCGUUAUCAGUGAUUGUGUGCGUCUUCGCCGUCGCGCUUUGUGUUGGCGGCGACGAAGACCUUGUCCCUCCUCGGCGGGAAGUGUACGAUAAUGGCCGAAUAUUCGAUAUCACUCACAGAUACCAUCCAGACAUGCCAGAGUUUGAGUCGAAGGAUGGCAUCGGGCAGUUCCUAUGGCUUCCGAAGAGCAUGAAGAACGGUUCUAUCGCUAACAACUCGGAGAUGAAGCUCCCAACUCACACAGGCACCCAUGUCGAUGCCCCUGGUCAUGUCUUCGACCAUUACUUCGAUGCUGGCUUCGAUGUCGACUCACUUGACUUACACGUCCUCAAUGGCCCUGCUCUAUUAGUCGAUGUUCCAAGAGAUAGUAACAUAACUGCUGAUGUUAUGAAGUCUUUAAAUAUUCCUCGGGGUGUAACUCGUGUACUCUUCCGAACACUGAAUACCGACAGGCGGCUUAUGUUUCGGAAGGAAUGUGACACAAGCUAUGUGGCAUUCACGGUGGAUGGAGCAAAAUGGCUAGUGGAGAACACUGAUAUCAAACUUGUAGGAAUUGAUUACCUAUCUGUUGCUUCGUAUGAUCACUUGAUUCCAUCUCACCUUGUUUUUUUAAAAGACAGGGAAAUAAUUCUUGUGGAAGCCCUGAAGCUUGAUGAUGUCCCAGCAGGAGUAUAUUCAGUCCAUUGCUUACCUCUUAGGUUGGCUGGUGCUGAAGGAUCACCAAUACGAUGCAUUCUGAUUAAAGAUUAGGGUAUGUUUGAGUUUGAGGAAACAGUGCUGUGUCUAAUGCUGUAGUAGUUGUGGAUCCCCAGAAGCGUAUGUGUGUUUAGAGCAAGGAGGAUGCAGCAAUCUUAAUAGCAUUACGUUGAAUGUGAUUUUCUUCUGUAUGCUAGCUAUGUUGGAACCGAAUAAAUUGGCACAGUGGUGUCCUUGUGGAGCAAGAUAGUAUCAAUAUUGUGCAUCAACUUUAGUGACGUUUUUACAUUUAUUAGGAACUUAGGAACAUGUAUAAGCACUUCAAUAAGCAUUUUGAUAAAGUACAGAAUGUUUGUAUAUAGAUCAUCUGCACAUAGCAGCUAGAUCGAAGUAGAUGGAUACCGUGUCUCUUACUUUUCCUGUAGUGAUCCCUUUCCUUCCUAUUAUCGUUUUCAAAAACAACUGCAUGUUUUGGUCUCAGUUCGUAGUUGACAAUGGCUGGUAUGGUGCUCAACUAGUCAACUCUACUAGCGGCA